UGAUUAUUAUCAUGAUUUGAUAGAAGAAACAAAACCAAAACAAGAGCGAUAGAGAGAGAGAGAGAAAGAGAUCAGAAAGUGAAACUGCUUUCGAUCAAAAAAAAAAAAGAAAGGGAAGGGGGCAGUAACGCCAAGUCUGCUGGAUUUGGAUCGAAGCAGAGACUUGGAUCGAGGCGAAAGGGUUUAGUUUUUUUUUUUGAGUUCGAUGGGGACAGGGAAUUCUAAGCAGAAAUGGAGACAGCGUUCUUCUUCUUCAUCGUCGUUUAGGUCAGCUUCAGCUUCUUCAUCUCCAUGGGCUUCUCAUCAAACCUAUCCUCAAUACGGUUCCGGAAGCUAUAACUAUCCUCCUCCACCUCCUGAGUACCCCCAACCUCCUUCACCUUCUUCAUAUACUACUCAGCCGCCUUACUCUCAAAGUUAUGGCAAUGAUAAGAAGAGGUUGGAGCGCAAGUACUCCAAAAUCUCCGAUGAUUACUCCUCUUUGGACCAGGUGACAGAGGCUCUUGCUCGUGCGGGUCUAGAAUCUUCGAAUCUCAUUGUCGGUAUUGAUUUCACUAAGAGCAACGAGUGGACAGGGGCUAGGUCCUUCAAUAGGAAAAGCCUACACUUCAUAGGCAGUACUACCCCCAAUCCCUACGAGCAAGCCAUAGCUAUCAUAGGAAGAACCUUAGCCGCUUUUGACGAGGACAACUUGAUUCCGUGUUACGGUUUCGGAGAUGCGUCGACGCACGAUCAAGACGUGUUUAGUUUCAAUCCUGAUGAUGGGUUCUGUAAUGGCUUCGAGGAAGUGCUUGGUCGGUAUAAAGAGAUUGUCCCUCAGCUUAAGCUUGCAGGCCCCACCUCGUUUGCUCCUAUCAUUGAUAUGGCAAUGACCAUUGUUGAGGAGAGUGGUGGACAAUAUCACGUCCUAGUGAUUAUAGCAGAUGGGCAGGUUACAAGAAGCGUUGACACUGAAAAUGGACAGUUAAGUCCGCAAGAACUGAAGACUGUUGAUGCUAUCGUGCAAGCGAGUAAGCUACCUCUAUCAAUCGUCUUGGUCGGUGUAGGGGAUGGACCAUGGGACAUGAUGAGGGAGUUUGAUGAUAACAUUCCUGCACGAGCUUUUGAUAACUUCCAAUUCGUCAACUUCACAGAGAUCAUGGCAAAGAACAAAGCUCAGUCCUUGAAAGAAACAGAGUUUGCUCUUUCUGCUCUCAUGGAGAUUCCUCAACAAUACAAGGCUACCUUGGAGCUUAACCUUUUAGGAAGAAGAAAUGGGAAUAUAACGGAACGGUUUCCUCUUCCACCUCCAAUGCAAGGUGGAGCAUCGUCCUACAACAAGCCAAAGGCUAAUGAUCGUGUUCCAAGUUUCAAACCGAGUGUACCUUCUUAUCCAACUGAAAACUAUCAUGUAAGGUCUAGUCCUCCUGCGCCACCCGCUACGACCUCAGCUUCUUCUGAUAACCAGAUAUGUCCGAUUUGUCUGAGCAACCCUAAAGACAUGGCUUUUGGUUGUGGUCAUCAGACUUGUUGCGAAUGUGGACCGGAUCUUGAAAUGUGUCCAAUUUGCCGUGCACCGAUCCAGACAAGAAUAAAACUCUACUAACAAAGUAGAUCUCUCUUGUUCAUCUUCUUGCAAUAUAUUUUGGGAAUUUAGUUUGAUAUAACUUACUGAGGUUUCUCCGAGAAAGAUCGGAUCUUUCUGUAAAAAAAAAAAUAUGUGUUAAGUGUGUUCCUUGAUUCACUUUGCUUAUUUCUUUGGUCUGAGUAAAAAUUGUUGAACUAUCGGAGAAAAAGUUACUCUAUAAUAGAGUUACUUUAGUUUUGUGUAAA